AUGGUGCUGCUGGGGAUAUUUUUGUCCACAUCUGCCCUGAUCAUCGGGAACAUGCUGCAGCAUUACAUCACUGAUCCCAUGGAAAGCUUGGAGAUGCGAACCUGGAUGUGGGAUCAUUAUGGCACCGCUUACAAUGCCGCCUACACCUUCUUCGAAGUGACAUUCGCCGGGAAUUGGCCUACCAAUGUCAGACCCGUGUUGGACAAUGUCAGCAAGCUGUACGUGUUAUUUUUCGGUGCAUACAUUAUUGUCGUCGUGUUCGCUCUCGUCCGUGUCAUCACAGCGAUAUUUUUGAGAGAUACUUUGGAGGCGGCGCAAUCCGAUGCCGAGUUCAUGGUCAUGGAAAGUUUGCGCAAGCGAGCACGAUAUGUCCAAAAGCUGGAAGGCAUUUUCAAGGCCAUUGACAAGACCGGCAAGGGCAUGGUCACAGAAGCAAGGUUGAAUGACAUGCUGAGCGAUCCCUCUGUGAAAGCACACUUCCAGUCGAUUGAUGUCGACAUUCAUCAAGGUGUGGCACUUUUCCAUUUGCUCGAUAAUGGGGACGGGGAAGUCACAUUGGAGGAGUUUGUGGAUGGCAUCUUGCGAUGCAAAGGCCAAGCCAGGGCUAUUGAUCAAGUCGCUCUUCAUGCAGAGCUCAAGCAGUUGGACACGAAGCUUUCCAGGAUGACGCGGAUUUUCACCCAAGUGUACCCUACGCUUCUGAGGAAGUCGACUCAGGCAGCCAAGUCACCUACACCUCAGCUGGGAGUCAUGCGGCGUUUGUCUAUGGAUUUCGAGCGUUUGCUCGAGGAUUCCGUGGACAUAGAGGUUGGUGCAGACAGGCCCAGCGAUGCCGUGCCUCAAACUCCUGUCACUCCCAUGUCGGCUUCAGGCACCGGACCUGCACCACAAGCAGAGGCCCCAGUUGCCAAGCUGUCUGGCGCACCAUCGCCAGUUCAACGCCCACCUGCUGCAGCUGAAGGAGGCCAGCCGUCGGGGAGCAAAGUCCAGGGACAGCCAGACUCUUGGUCUCUGGUGGGACUUUCAGGACGAUUGGAGGACAUCUGUCGGGACAUUCGCCGCAGUGUAGAGCACGAGUUCAUGCUGUCAGAGCGACAGCUGCAGGCCCAGUUCCGGGCAGACCUCGAAGCUCAUCGGCUCCGAGCCGAGGCUCUGGCCUGUCAGCAGCAGGCCAAGAUCGAGGCACUGGAGUUGGAUUUGAAAUCAACGACCAAGAAGCUGGAGCUGAAGCAGAAACAGGUUAAAGAGUCAUUUGCGCUGUCGACGCGAGUCCGGCAAAACUUCUUCGCACGGCUGGCCUUUGAACGUGCCUUCCGCUCUUGGCAGGCACAUGCCGUACAGAUGAAGGAGGAGCAACUGCAGAACAAGCUUGCCAGCUAUCAGCAGGGCCAGCGCUUGGUUGCAGCCCUGUUCACCUCCUGGCGGCAAGAUGUGCAGAGCGGCAGUCGCGAGAGACUCAUUGCCCAUGAGCGCGCUGCUGCGGGCGCCGUCCGUGCCAAGCUUUUCGAGCAGAUGGAAAAUGAGCGUGCGCAGCUCCUGUCACAGGUGGAGGAGUUGAAGCGGCAGCUCUCGGAGGAAGGAAAGCAGAGAGCGCUCCUCCAGGACAACUUGAAGCGUGUCUUCAUGCGAGGCGUCUGCGCUUUGAACUUCGAGGCCAUGUCCCUACUCUCGGAUCCUGGUGCUGGUGGUAGCGUCCUUUCAGGCGCACCAGGGGCGGCCACCAUGGAAGGCCUCCUUGCUUCCGAGCCGGCCAGCGCUGAGCCGGUGGCACUUCCUUGCGGCGCGAACGCCAGCUGUCACGGUGCGCCAGCAGCACCACAGGCCCUGCCAGCGCAGGACGUGAGUCAACCGCCAGCGAAGCCAUCAGAAGGCAUGGCGCAGGAAGAGGAGGCUUUGCAGCCGAAGGUCAGCCCAAUACCGACACCAUCGCCUUUGCCUUUUGUCUCCUACACGGGACCGUCCGCAUCAGUGCCUCGGCUGCUGCCCGGUCCAACAGAUGAAGAAGAGAAGAGGGUGAGCAGAGAGAUGACAUCAAACGAGAAGACAUGA